UCAGCUCCCCUCUGUCUGGCAAAUUAAAGGGACUGACCAUGUCAAGUGCUGGCAAGGAUGUCCCUGGAACUCCCCUACCUGCUGGUGGCAGUGCAGAUUGGUACAACCAUGUGGGGAACACUUAUGUAAUCUACUAAAGCGAAAUGUACAUGUUCCCUAUCACCAGACAACUCCAGCCCCAGGUGUCUACCAGAAGAAGUGAGAGCACAGGUGCGCCAAAGACAUUGACAGGGAUGUUCACAGCGGUUUUAGUUGUAAUAGCUAAAGACUGGAAAGCACCCAAAUGUCUAAUAACAGGAGAAUGGUAUAGUCAUCAAGCCAUACACUUAAAAUCUGUGAACUUUACCUCAUGUGAGUUACACCUCAAUAAAAAAGGAUCUACCUGCUAUAACACACAUACGGGUGUAUGUGUAGAUUUCCAGGCUCCUCGGAAGUCCCUGUGGGCCAGGACCCCAAAGACAUCUGGGAAGAUAGGGCCAGCUGUUGGGCUCCAGCUACUAUACCCCCAAGUCCCCACCCCCAGUUAAUGGACUGAUUUGCAUGCCUUGUCAUGGUCCAGGGGCUUCCCCUGCCUGUGCUCUGAAGCACCUGGAACACUCCCAACAGAACAACUCCUGUCUGCCUCCUUGCCUCUGGCCAUGGCCUGCUGGCAUCUGGCCCUUCUUCUGACUGGGGCCCUCCUGUCAGGUCAAGUGGCCCAACUCUCCUGCAUUCUCAGCCCCCGCCAUGCCAUCAUUGGGGAGUACGGCGUGUCUUGGUAUCAGCAACGGGCAGGCAGUGCCCCCCGACACCUCCUCUACUACCGCUCAGAGGAGGACUACCACCGGCCCCCUGACAUCCCUGACCGCUUCUCAGCAGCCACGGACGCCGCCCACAACGCCUGCAUUCUGACCAUCAGCCCUGUGCAGCCUGAGGAUGAUGCAGAUUAUUACUGCUCUGUGGGUUACAUAUCCUAGGAGUAGACUGUGGGAUGAGCGCCUCUUGACUGCCUCUCACAUCUGCACCCUGGCCUUAGGCCCCUAACUUUCUCUGAAUCUUGAUUUUCCUCCUCUGUAAGAUGGGUUAGUAAUAUUAAACGUGAACAAUUAACUA